AUGUCAGAAUACACAGAAGAACAGGAGCGGAUAACGCUUGACAUUCUUUCGAAGGAUAAGCAUGAGUUCUAUGAGAUGUUGAAAGUUGGGAAGUCAGCGUCAGAGAGCGAUAUAAAAAAGGCAUAUAGGAAACUGGCGAUCAAAUUACACCCAGACAAGAACAGACAUCCAAGGGCCAGCGAGGCGUUCAAAAAGAUAAAUAGAGCAUUCGAAGUGCUAUCAGACGAUUCUAAACGGAGGAUUUUCGACCAGCUGGGCCAUGAUCCUGAUGACAGAGCUGCGGCACAGGAAUCGUAUAGAGGAGGUAGCUCUGCGGCGGCAGCAGGGGGGCCACGAUUCCGUGGGAAUGCUGGAUUUGGUGAACCAUUCGGUGGUUCACCAGAAGAUAUAUUUGAAUUCUUGUUCAGAGGUGGUGGUCCAGGCGGACAGUUUGGCGGGCAUCCAUUCGGGGGGCCGUUCGGUGGACCAUUUGGAAAUGCAGGAGGCGCUACUUACUCAUUUGGAGGCCCUGGUGGCUUCAAAGUGUAUACGAAUUAUGAUUCCCCGUUCGGAAGAAGAGCUCGUCGUACUCAGCCGCGUCAUAAUGAUAACUCCGCAGAAAGGAAAGAGGAACCGAAUACACAACUCAUGAUGCUCAUAGCGCCAUUCAUAGUCAUCAUUCUAUUGAACUUAUUAGAAAGGUUGUUAUUAGGCUGA